UUUCAGGAACGAGAGCCGGUGCCGGUUUACCAUCCCACACCCAGCCAGACCCGUCUAGCCACCCAGCUGACUGAGGAGGAACAAGUGUGGAUUGCGCAGAGGAUGGGCCUAAUUCAGCAUUUACCGAAAGGCAGAUAUGACUCUGGAUCUGAGCGCUCGGAGAAGAAGCUGAAAGAGUGUGUGAUCUGUAUGCUGGACUUUGUCACUGGGGAUCCAAUACGCUUCCUGCCUUGUAUGCACAUUUACCAUAUGGAAUGUAUAGAUGACUGGCUUAUGCGCUCCUUCACAUGUCCAUCAUGCAUGGAGCCUGUGGAUGCUGCACUGCUGUCCUCCUAUGAGACAAACUGA